ACGUGUUCUUCCUUGUGGUAGUUUAAAUAUUUAUGUAAAGUUUAUAUUGUUUUCUAAAUAUUUAUUAAUAUUUAUGCACUAAAAUUUGCGAUGAAAAUAGACUAUAGCGUCGUAAAAUUGCACAUUAAUAAAACUUUGUCGUGCGCGAUGAGUUGAGAAACAAUAAUAUUUAUCGUAUAGUGAUACAUUUCGUUGCGGUAGACAUGCGCCCAGUGUAGCCACAGCCAACAUCAGAGGCGUGUCAUGUUUGUGCUUAACGCGUUUCCUGGUUGGAAUCGUUGAAUUUCCAUUGAGAAUCUAUGAAAGAUGCUGUCGUUAGGCCCAAAAAAGGACGGCAGCCCCAACGCCAAGUUCUUCGAAUCACCGGAAAUACUCACCCAGCUUGAUGGUGUUAAGCAGUGGCUUCUGAAGAACUGUAAAAAGAAUGUGCAAACAGAUCCACCUACUAACAAGAGUUUAGCUACAUUAGUAGUGCAACUUCUGCAAUUUCAGGAAGAUAAUCUAGGCAAGAAUGUGUCUAAACCACCUAUGACUAGAAUUCCAAUGAAAUGUUUCUUGGAUUUUAAAUCUGGAGGUGGCUUAUGUCACAUACUUGCAACAGCAUAUCGUUUUAAACAGGAACAAGGAUGGCGAAGAUUCGAUUUUCCCGGAGGAAAAUCGGGAUCUCGCACCGAUCGUACAGUGGACAUGCUAAUGGCAGCAGAACGCGCUUUAAUACAAAACAGGUGUAUGACUGUGCCAAGUGUUUUUGUGAGACCGGAUGUCGACAAGAACACAGCUACAAAAGUAAAAGAAAUGGUUAGAAAACACCAGGGAAAUGUCACAGAGAAUGAAGCAGAUGCUACACACAUAAUUUAUCCUCCAGUGGAUCCGAUAGAAGAGGAAUAUGCACGCCCUUGCAUGAGACGCGAGAGAUCAGUUUUACUUCACUGGUAUUACUUUCCAGACAGUUAUGAUACAUGGACGCCACUGGAUCUUCCAUGGGAUUUUCCCGAAGGAAAUCCGGCAAAUACAAAUUCAAGAUCAGUUUACAAAGUAUCGGCCACAUGGGUAUUGGACUUGGAUCAAUAUAACGAAUGGAUGAAUGAGGAAGAUUACGAAGUAGACGAUGGCGGUCAAAAGAAAGUGCACAAAUACAGGCUUUCUGUAGAAGAUUUUAUGGCACAACCGUCUCAUCCGCCGCCCGCAAAGAAACCCAAACGAAAACGAUCACCGAGCCCACCCCCGAAGAUCGGCAAACGUAAGAGUAGCAGAGCACCGUCGGGUAUUCAAAGCGCAUCGUCCGCAUCAUCGGCGACGGCACCGAAGAAAUCGCGCGGCGGCGAGGAGGAGGAAGAUCUGACCCAAGGAAUGGAGGAUCCGCCUGCUGAACCCCGCAUCGUCGAGGUGGUCGCCACACCAACGAAUCCGCCAAUCACGGGUCAAGGCAAUGCAACAACGGGCAACUCCACUUUGGCAUCCACCGGUAGCAAAAAGCAAGACAGCGAGCUUCAACCACUGAAAUCUGGCAAUUUGACCGAUCUCGAUGAACAAAUGGAAGGAGACAAGGGGAGCUCUCAAGGCGGCCAAGACAGAGAAGAGAGAGAUACCAGUAAAGAAAGAGGCGAAGGUGGCAAAGGCGACGAGCCUGAAGACAACGUGACGGAGCAAACGCAUCACAUUGUCGUUCCUAGUUAUUCCGCUUGGUUCGAUUACAACUCUAUUCACACCAUCGAAAAGAGAGCCUUAGCGGAAUUCUUCAAUGGCAAAAAUAAAUCCAAGUCUCCCGAAAUUUAUCUUGCAUAUAGGAAUUUUAUGAUUGACACCUAUCGACUGAACCCGACGGAAUACAUCACGUCAACCGCUUGCAGACGAAAUUUGGCUGGAGAUGUUUGUGCAAUUAUGCGUGUACACGCGUUUCUGGAACAAUGGGGGCUCAUUAAUUAUCAAGUAGACGCGGAAUCGAGACCGACACCCAUGGGGCCUCCGCCGACUUCGCACUUCCAUGUUCUAUCCGACACGCCGUCCGGCUUGGCGCCGGUCAAUCCGAAUCCGCCGAAGACACCGCAACCGUCCGCCGCGAAGUUGCUGCUGGAUCUGGAGAAGAAGCCGACGGGUGGAACGGGUGCCAUAGGCACGGAGGAAAAAGCUUCGGCAGGCGCGAUGGCGAACUUCGGCCUGAAGAUCGAUCAGUAUUCGAGGAAGCCGGCUGUGCUGAAGAACAAGCAAGCAGCUGGCGCUACACGCGACUGGACGGAGCAGGAAACGCUUUUGCUGUUGGAGGGACUGGAGUUGCACAAGGACGAUUGGAACAAAGUAUGCGAACACGUAGGCUCGAGAACGCAAGACGAAUGUAUCUUGCACUUCUUACGGCUACCCAUAGAAGAUCCAUAUCUGGAAGAGGGCGGACCCGAAGGAUUGGGACCGUUAGCUUAUCAGCCGGUACCGUUCUCGAAGGCUGGCAAUCCUGUCAUGAGCACAGUUGCUUUCCUCGCAUCGGUUGUGGACCCGAGAGUUGCUGCAAGUGCUGCAAAGGCCGCCAUGGAGGAGUUCGCAGCGAUAAAGGACCAAGUACCGGCCGCGUUGCUGGAUCAGCAUUUAAGAAACGUGCAAGCUAGUGCUAAUUCGGACGGCAAGUUCGAUCCAGCUGCUGGCUUGGCGCAGUCGGGCAUCGCUGGCACAGGACCGCCCGAACCGCCCGAUGACACAACGGCAUCCGCCGCGACGACUCCUUCCGUAUUGACGGGUGCUGCCAACUCUCCCCACUCGGCAGGACCAACUGAAGCGAAGAAAGAGGAACAGGAGAAAUCUAAGGACGCGAUGGACGUAGAACCGUCUCAGGUUGAUGUCGCGAAGAAGGAAGACGAAGCGAAAGAGAGUGAAGAAGAUGCAAAGUCGACCACUGAUCCUGAAGCCAUAGAGGCGAAAGAGAAGAAGGAUAAGGUUGUAAGAGACGCUCAGCUUCAGUCCGCAGCUGCAGCAGCGUUAGCAGCCGCUGCUGUUAAAGCCAAGCAUUUGGCAGCAGUGGAGGAACGCAAAAUCAAAUCACUGGUUGCGCUACUAGUAGAAACGCAGAUGAAAAAGCUAGAGAUCAAGUUACGUCAUUUCGAGGAACUGGAAACCACAAUGGAGCGUGAGCGCGAGGGUCUCGAGUAUCAGCGACAGCAGCUGAUCACUGAGCGACAACAAUUUCACUUGGAACAGUUGAAGGCGGCUGAAUUUAGGGCGCGGCAACAAGCUCACCAGCGGCUGGCUCAGGAGCAGCAGCAGCAGCAGCAGCAGCAACAGCAGCAGCAACAACAGCAGAAUCAGCAGCAUCCACCCUGGCAGCCGCCUGGCGCGCAGCAGCAGCAACAACAACCGCCAAGUCCGCAAGCUCAGGCGCAACCGCAACCGCCGUCGCAUACGCCGCCGCAACAGGCAUAAUUCUACAUGGAUCUUUCGAUGGCUGUUCCGGAUUGAGGACACGCAAGGACGACAUCAGAUGGGAAUGGUAGUGCUGGAGAAGCUGUGUCAUGUAAGCCCGCCUAACAACGCCACUCGUGCAGCAGUAGAGCAAGUUCGCAAGAUCAAGAGCGAGGGAACCGACCCGCGUCAGUUGAAAGUCGACUAGAUAAACGGCCUGCAGAAACACAGUAUUAAAAGUCUGGAGAGGAUUUUGCAGUGAGAUUUCGCACCUCACCCGUGCCAGUCAGUAUGAUCAGAGUCUCGAAUAUGAUUUACUAGAUUAUAAUUGUGCGAGGUAAAUAUUUUUUCUUGCAUCUUGUAUUUCGCUUCCUGUGUUGGUAUUUUUCACGAGCUGUUCUAUUCUCUACGAGAUUCGUCUGAAAUUGUUUAGUAUGGAUGGAAAAUCGAGUAUGUAGUUGAAGGAAAGAUCGACGCGACUUCUAAAAUGUACAUUAUACAUUUUUUUUUUCGUAACUCUUUCAUACUUCUGAAUAUUGGGUAAUUUUGAUCUUUCUUUUUGAAACUCAACGUUUACUUUAAUUUAACCGCAAUUGUACAUAACGCAAGAGUCUUUUCUUUGUGACCGGCUACACGGGUUUAGGUGUGACCAAAAUUCCGCUAAACUGGAGUCUUUUUAAUAAGCUCGCGGAUGGAAAAAAAAAUAUUUGAAACAUAAACUUAAGAAUCUUAUAAAUUUAUAUAAUAAAAAGUGGUAUGGAACAAAUGGGUUUUCGUGUACGUUUCGUUAUCACGCGCAAUGGGGAAAGAUAAUGAUCUGUAAAAAUACGAAGUAUCAUCACGAUAAUCAUAUUUCAUUGAAUACACAACAUUUUAUUGUAGAUACAUCAAACACGCAAUAUGCUACGAUUUUCUUAUAUAUUUACUUUUCUUAUAAAAUAAAAGAUUUACCUCAGUA